AUCAGGAGACCUUGAUUACAAGCAUCAGAAUCUUCGCCAAGGAGACAACUGCUGAUGCAAGAGCACUUCUAGAAAGGCAUUUGGAAAGAGGCAAUUUGUUCCAGUUUACUCCAAGGACAAGGAGCCAAGUUUCUUCAUUUGAAGCAGCUAUUCCUGGAGCACUUUCGAUCGUUACAAGGAUGGCGAUGACUGAUCUGCUCAGUGUGGAUGAUAUGAGGAAAGAGAUGGGAGCUGCUAUCAAGAAAUUCAGUGAAAUGAUGGGGCUGACGGGACAAUUGAGAAAAGUUUUCAACAUUCUGGACAUUGAUAAAAAUGGCUAUAUUGGGAAAAAUGAAUUAAAGCAGUUUUUGCAAAAUUUUAAGCCAGGAAGCCGGGAUUUGACUGAGAAAGAAGUUAAUGAUUUCUUGAAAGCUGGAGAUACAGAUGGAGAUGGCAAAAUAGGUUUUGAGGAAUUCAUAUCCUUGGUGCAGUCAUAGAAAAGACUUUGACUAUUCAGGACCCUUCAUCCACCCUUCACUGCCUAAUUCCAACAAUUCUCUGCUGAGCUCCGUAGGUCCUCUCCUGUUUAGUUAUGUUACCCUAUACUCCAGCUCUGUUCUCUGCAGCCUUCUAACUCUGUAAUUGUGCUGAAGAGUGUUGUUAAAACAAUAAAGGUCACUCAAUGCAGAAA